UCGGUAUUUAUUUUCCUCCACUUUUUAUCACUCCCAAUGCUCCUUCUCUUUUCCUUUUCCUUUUCCUUUUAUUGUUCUUCCGAUUUCAGUUCAUUGUCAGAAAUGCAGGUCUCUUGAUCUCUCUAUUUAAGUUCUUCGAUCCAUUUCGUCUCAGAAGAAUGUUCUGAUUCCAUCGCCGCGUUGAUCCUUCUCCAGAAUCGCUUUUCUUAUCUCAGAGAUUGAAGAUUGGAUGGGAAAUGUACAUACUCAGAAUGAGAUUGCUUCCGUGGCACAUAGCGAUGCUCAUCAAAUCUUCAGUAUUGUAUCACCAAUGGAUGAGAUUUUUACUCAUCUAUUGGCAUUGACUGGCUGCGUAACUCGUCGAUUCGUCCGAUUUGUCGAGGAUCUUGUAGCCAGAGAUGUCAACAAAUUUCCCACCGAUUCGAGGAACGAUCUGCUCGUAGAUACGACAUCCAAUGUCGAAACCGUUUACAGUUACCAGGUUUCAUCUCCCAUUUUUCAAGGGUUGAUGCUUCCAUUAUACAGUUUACAGUUUGUUCAAAAAUUAGCAUUAUGCACCUUCAGACAUUCUUUCUUGUGCUUUCAACGUGUCGAACUCCGUCUUUACAGUACUAUAUCUAGAAUUAGAAAAACCUUGCUCGGUUCGUCGGCUGAUAUUGGAUGGCUGCAAGGCACUCCUGGCAUGCCUCCUGUUGUUGAUGGAACAGCAAGAUUCUUGGAAUUGCUCUCUGAGAUAAGGAACGGAGAGCACAAACUACCGAACUCGUUUGUUUAUUUAUUAGUUCCAGGUCUGUUUAGCAAUCAUGGUCCCUUGUAUUUUGUGGGAACCAAGAAAUUCUUUUCAAAGAUGGGUCUUACUUGCCAUAUUGCAAAAAUUCAUAGUGAGGCGUGUGUGGAACAUAAUGCUUGGGAGUUGAAGGAAUACGUCGAGGAGCUUUAUUGGGGCUCGGGCAAGCGAGUGAUGCUGCUCGGGCAUAGCAAGGGUGGGGUUGAUGCUGCUGCUGCAUUAUCAAUCUACUGCAAUGAGUUGAAAGACAAAGUUGCUGGCUUGGCUCUGGUACAAAGUCCUUAUGGAGGAACCCCAUUGGCUUCGGAUAUCCUUCGUGAGGGGCAGGUCGCUGACAAGGAGAUGCGGAGGAUCAUGGAGCUACUGAUAUGCAAGAUCAUCAAGGGCGACAUUCGAGCGUUGGAAGAUCUAACGUACGCAAAGCGGAAGGAGUUCAUAACAAAUCACAAGCUCCCUAAGAACAUACCGAUACUCUCCUUCCAUUCCGAAGCACGGGUAGCGCCAGGAGUUCUUGCUACAAUGACUCAUAUAGCUCAUGCUGAGUUACCUUGGCUAUCUCUUCCAAGAACUUGGACAGAAUCCGACACGGUGGUGCAGGGCGGGCGGAGUCUUCCAGUGGUGAUUCCUCUUUCAGCUGUCAUGGCAUUGUGUGCUCUUCAUUUGCAACUUCGGUAUGGGGAGAAGAGCGACGGUUUGGUGACAUGUCGUGAUGCUGAAGUUCCCGGCUCGGUCGUCGUGAGACCGAACCAGAAGCUCGACCACGCGUGGAUGGUUUACUCUUCCAGAAAUGGUAAGAAUGCAAGUGAUCCUGAUGGUUGUGAGAUGUGUGAGGCAAUCUUGACACUGCUUGUGGAGCUUGAAAUGAGAAUGAAAGAAGCAAAGUAGAAAAUGCCUUCCUUGUAUUGAAAAUUUACCGUUUUUUUUCAUACGGUAAUUUUAUGGUUGAACGACAUGUAGUUUUGUUGUUUAUUAAAAGAUGUGAACAUUAGACCACUUUUUCA